CUGGGCGUGGCGGCCAUUUUGUUUUGGGCAGCGAGCGGGAGGAGUCGGAGGCGGCGGCAGUGGUGGCAGCGACGCAAGGCAAGAAAGGGCAGGCCGGGCGAGCAGGCGGACCGGCCGUCCAGACAGCCGGCCGGCAGCAGCGAGCUAACCUAGCAGCCUAGCGCUUACACCUCUGACCAACCGCCCACCAAGUCAAGUCAGGUUCCGCCGGGCCCCGGCCCGCGCGCCGCAGCCGUGGUGGCAGCCCCGGGAGGCGCACUGGCGUCCGUUUCCUUCGAUCCUCGGGAUUUGAAGAUGGCUGCUCAGUCGGCGCCGAAAGUCGUGCUAAAGAGCACCACCAAGAUGUCUCUAAAUGAGCGCUUUACUAAUAUGCUGAAGAACAAACAGCGAUGCCAGUGAAUAUUCGGGCUUCGAUGCAGCCAACAACAGCAGCUAGCCAGUGCCAGAAACAGAAGACUGGCCCAGCAGAUGGAGAAUAGACCCUCUGUCCAGGCAGCAUUAAAACUUAAGCAGACUUUAUAUGCAAGUCCGGACAAUGGCUGUGGAAGGAUAUUGUCCAAGCUGUGGCUGGGCGUUCUGGAGGGCGAUGCCAUUGCAACUAAGAGCUUAAAGCAGCGCCUGGGUAAGAGUAACAUCCAGGCACGGUUAGGCCGACCCAUAGGGACCCUGGCCAGGGGAGCAAUCGGAGGACGAGGCCUACCCAUAAUCCAGAGAGGCUUACCCCGAGGAGGACUACGUGGGGGACGUGCCACCAGAACCCUGCUUAGGGGCGGGAUGUCGCUCCGAGGUCAAAACCUGCUCCGAGGUGGACGAGCCGUAGCUCCCCGAAUGGGCUUAAGAAGAGGUGGUGUUCGAGGUCGUGGAGGUCCUGGGAGAGGGGGCCUAGGGCGUGGAGCUAUGGGUCGUGGCGGAAUCGGUGGUAGAGGUCGGGGGAUGAUAGGUCGGGGAAGAGGGGGCUUUGGAGGUCGAGGCCGAGGCCGUGGACGAGGGAGAGGUGCCCUCACUCGCCCUGUACUGACCAAGGAGCAGCUGGACAACCAGUUGGAUGCGUACAUGUCGAAAACAAAAGGACACCUGGAUGCCGAGUUGGAUGCCUACAUGGCACAAACAGAUCCAGAAACUAAUGAUUGAAACCUGCCCGCCCUCCUGUGAGAGACUCUUGUUCAAAAGUCACCACAUCUGUAAAUACCCUUGAGAUAACAGAUGGAGAAGAAACCUGAAUGAUGCUGGAAGGACCUAUCACGAUAGGCCAUGGACUUAACUUGCCACCAAUUUGUGCAUUUAGUGUGUUCCUUUACUUUUUUGAUACUGUGUUGUAUGAAACCCUUUUUUCCUCGGACGUGGGUUUUGUUUUGUUGUGUUUGGGGUUUUUCCCCCCAUCGCUCUGACUUCUCUUUGAACAUGAUUGUGGCGGACUCGUGGCUAGAACACCCUCUUCUUGUCUCUGUGUCCAUGUGAAAAAGCCCCAGAAAGAGCCCAUCAGUGUUCCUUCCUGAUGCUUAGGUUCCUUCCUGAUGCCUAGGUUCUGUUCUACAUGACCUUUAAUAGCCUCUUAGAAGUGUUUAGAAAAUUUGCAGCUCAGAAAUGAAUUCUGCCACACUGUGUACUACAUCAGUGUAGUAAAUUAGGGACACUGACAUAGCCACAGGGCCACAUAACAGGUUACACUUGGUAACACCUGAUGUGAUUAAAGUCACUUCUGUGUACAUUGACACCACAUGACAAGUGUGCUGGGCUGCUGGGUGUGUGCACUUCCUACCCUGAAAUGAGGCCUAUAAGCUUUGCUCUUGACUUUGUAUCGUGUCCUAAGCUACUGUUAGGAUGGCUUACACCUGCAAUAGAGAGGAAAUGGCCAUUUGGUUUGGCAGAUGCCUCGGAGAAAGGGAUAGAAUGAUGACAGAUACCUUCUAGGAGUCCAAAGAUGCCGUGCUGGAAUGCUAUUGUCCUUGUGUUUAUCCCAAACCUGGGCUUCUCCAUUCAUUGGCUUUGUUUGGCCCUCUUUUUCCCUUUGAAGUUAAAGUUCAACCAUAUUCUGUCAACUGUUCAGUUUUCAGUGGAAUCUUGUAUUUCUGGUUCAUCAUAACAAGAAAUUGUUCUCAAAUCUA